AAAUGACUCAACAGGAACACACAAAAGUAAAAUAAGAGCACGGGCAAGUACGGUGGCCAAACUAACGCUCUCUCUCUCUCUCUGCACGCUUAUAUUCACUUCCUCUUCAAUUCAUUCACCUUCCUUACUUUUAUUUUCUUUCUCUGCUCUCUCUUUAAUUUGUCUCAACGUUGAAGUGAAUUGCUUCAAGUCCAAAAAUGGAGCAGUAUGAAAUUCUUGAACAGAUUGGAAGAGGUUCCUUUGCUUCAGCUCUACUUGUCAGGCACAGGCACGAAAACAAAAGGUAUGUCCUUAAGAAGAUACGUCUUGCCCGCCAGACUGAUAGAACUCGUAGAUCUGCUCACCAGGAGAUGGAGCUUAUCUCUAAAGUUCGCAAUCCAUUUAUCGUAGAGUAUAAAGAUUCCUGGGUGGAAAAGGGUUGUUUUGUAUGUAUCGUCAUUGGCUAUUGUGAAGGAGGAGAUAUGGCCGAGGCAAUUAAAAAGGCCAAUGGCGUUUAUUUUCCUGAAGAGAGGCUCUGUAAGUGGCUGGUUCAACUGCUGAUGGCACUUGAUUACUUGCAUGCAAAUCAUAUUCUUCAUCGUGAUGUCAAGUGUUCAAAUAUAUUCUUGACAAAAGAUCAAGAUAUACGUCUAGGUGACUUUGGCCUUGCUAAAAUGUUGACAUGCGAUGAUCUUGCAUCCUCAGUUGUGGGGACUCCAAGUUAUAUGUGCCCUGAGCUUCUUGCUGAUAUACCCUAUGGCUCUAAGUCAGAUAUCUGGUCUUUGGGAUGCUGUGUGUAUGAAAUGGCUGCUCACAAGCCAGCUUUUAAAGCUCUUGAUAUGCAAGCACUGAUUAACAAAAUAAACAAGUCGUUAGUGGCUCCACUACCAACAGUGUAUUCUGGUUCUUUUCGAGGGCUUGUUAAGAGUAUGCUGCGGAAGAAUCCUGAGCUUCGGCCAAGUGCUGCAGAGUUACUAAAUCAUCCGCAUCUUCAACCUUACAUUCUUAAAAUUCACUUGAAAUUAAAUAACCCCAGAAGAAGUACUUAUCCAUUCCAAUGGUCUGACUCAAACUAUGUAAGGAGGACUCAGUUUCUCGAGCCAGGAUCUGUUUCUACUCUUUCUGACAGAGACAAACGAUUGUCAUUCAGCAAUGACAGGGCCUUGAAUCCUAGUAUUUCUGGAACUGAGCUAGGUUCUGUGUGUUCUACUCAAAGAGCACUAGGAUUCUCUACUUGUUCAAAAGAGAAGCACUAUGAACUAUCUGUUGGCCUUGUCCGUGAAGAAUGCAAUUUUAACAAAUCAAGAGACACAAAGUCCUCAACUGUUGAUAGAUUGCCAAGAUUGAGAUCAGCUAAGGAAUAUGCCACUCCCCGACGGCAGACUAUACCAUCAAAGAUAUCCUAUACUGGUUCCAAGCGUGAGUUACUUCCAUCCACUCCAGCAGGGGGUAAAUUCACCCCACCAACUAGAAGAGCUUCCCUUCCACUGCCUACCAGAACCAUGUGCACAACCACCCCUUAUAGAGCUAAUGUUGGUCUUCUUCGAGGUGUGGACUCUCCUGAUAUUUCUGUCAAUGCACCGCGAAUUGACAAGAUGGCUGAAUUCCCUUUGGCCUCUUGUGAGGAUUCUCUCUUCCCUGUCCGUGGAACUUCAUCAACUUCCGCUCAGUGCUCUUCUGGUUCACCAAAGAGUGCUGACUGCUUAAUCACGAAGGACAAGUGUACAAUCCAAGUUGUGGACAAGGCCAGUGUCCCUUCCAGUGGCAGUGAUGCUUGUCCUGCUGCUCCAGUUUCACAUGGCAAUGAAUGCUCUGAACAUGCUGUUUCAAGCCACUCCUCUGCUGAGUCUAGCAGGCACAGGUUUGACACCUCGUCUUACCAGCAACGUGCAGAGGCAUUGGAGGGUUUGCUCGAGUUCUCUGCACGGCUCCUGCAGCAACAGAGGUUUGAAGAACUUGGGGUGUUGUUGAAGCCAUUUGGUCCCGAGAAGGUUUCCCCAAGAGAAACAGCUAUCUGGUUGGCUAAGAGCUUCAAGGAAACUGUGGCCUAAGGUUUCCUGAUGCAUUUUUAGAUCGUUAACAACAGUGUAAAUUUAUAUAUAAUUUGAACAGUAGCUUAGCUAGUUAGCUUCUAAUUAUUGUUCUAGUUGACAUCAUUAGCAUUUUCUGAUAUGCUGCACUCCGCAGCGCUUGCACAAGUAGUUUGAAGUUAGUUUUCUUGCUAGUAAAAUAAAAAAGAGAGGGGUCUUGUUGAAGAGUUUGGUUGAGUUCAGUGCACGGCUCCUACAACAGCAACAGAGGUUUGGACUUCGAGGAGUCCUGGAGUGGUGUUGAAGCCAUUCGGGCCUGAGAUUUAACCGAGGGAAACAGCUUGUUGACUAAGGUACAAAGAAAUUGUGGUCUAAGUAUUUCGGACGCACUUUUAUGAUCAUUAACAACACUGUAAUCUAAUGUAGAACUAUAUAUGCUAAAAUAUGAAGAGUAGUUUAGCUUCUUUAAUCGGAUUUUGCUCUUAAUCUUAUU